UAUCGCUGAACUUCUACUCAGUAAAGGAGCUAAUUAUGAAAUGAAAAAUUAUCGGAAUAAUACAGCCCUUCAUUUAGCUGCUUUGACAGGUCACAAGAAUGUUGCUGAAUUUCUUAUUAGUAAAGAAGCCAAUGUUAAUAGUGAAAAUUAUGUGAAAGACACACCUCUUCAUUUAGCUGCUGUGAAUGGUCAUAAGAAUGUCGCUGAACUUCUCAUCCGUAAAGGAGCCAAUACUGGUAUUAAAAAUAAUGCGAAUCUUACACCUCUUCGAGUAGCUCUUAACAAUGGUCACAAUGAGGUCGCCAAACUUUUUAUCGGUAAAGGAAAAAAAAUUAAUAUUGCAGAGCAAUUGGAAUAGAUUCAUUGGCUACCACUAACAAUGGUGACGAAUAGCUGAACCAAUUUAGCUGAAUAAUCGGAUGAUUUCCUUCGAUUCCCC